GCCCCUUAAAUACAUUUUGCGUCUUUUCUUUGGCAUUGACAUCUUCAGCUGGCCAAGACGACUGGUCAGUUCUUGCACAUCACCUAAAUUCACAAAGGGAAUACUUUUUUUGAAGCUAACACAUAGUUGAACAUGUUGGAGAUGCUCGAGUACAGUCACUACCAGGUUCAGACCCACCUGGAAAGCCCCUCGAAGUACCACAUCCAGCAGAGCCAGCGGCAGCAGGUAAAGCAUUACCUGUCCAGUGCACUGGGAGCCAAGCUGAGCCCACAGGCCAGCACAGGGCCCGGCCCCAGCCAGCCAGCGGAGCACGGCAUGACCCCGGGACCCGGAGCCAGCGCUCCCAAUAGCCCUAUGGCCCUUCUCACCCUCAACUGUGAGAAAGAGAUGGACGAUGUAAUUGAAGACAUUAUAAGUUUGGAAUCAAGCUACAGCGAUGACAUUCUUGGGUUUAUGGAUGCAGGACUUCAAAUGUCAAAUACGAUUCCAGUUUCUGCAAACCUGCUGGACAUGUACAGCAAUCAUGCUCUUCCUCCAGCUGGAGUUUCCAUCAGUAACUCCUGCCCCUCAAACCUGCCGGCCGUCAAAAGGGAAUUAUCCGUUACUCCAUCACCGGGCAUGAUGAAUAUAAUGGACAAAGCUGGACCAUGUGGCAAGUUUGACUCUUAUCAAAGACCUGAAGGCUUUCCAGUAGAAGCAGAAGUCAGAGCUUUGGCUAAAGAGAGACAAAAGAAGGACAACCACAACCUCAUUGAACGAAGAAGGCGGUUUAAUAUCAAUGACAGAAUUAAGGAGCUGGGCACUUUAAUUCCCAAGUCAAAUGAUCCGGACAUGAGGUGGAAUAAAGGCACCAUCCUGAAAGCAUCGGUGGAUUACAUUAGGAAACUGCAGAAAGAGCAGCAGAAAGCAAAAGAGCUGGAAAACAGACAGAAGAGACUAGAACACGCAAACAGACAUCUCCUCCUCCGUAUUCAGGAACUUGAAAUGCAAGCCCGUGCUCAUGGACUCACCGUUGUACCUUCUUCCAGUCUUUAUUCCGCUGAGUUAGUGGCUCGAGCAAUCAAACAAGAGCCUGGUAUGGGGGACUGCACAUCCAAUUUGUACCCACACCUCCCCAGUCCUGACAUGUCCCGUCCUACCACUCUGGACCUCAACAAUGGCACCAUCAGCUACAAUGACAGCCCCACGGAGGACGGUGAGCCCGGGGUCUACGACAGCCCAAACAAAGCCUCCACCAAGCUGGAGGACAUGCUUAUGGACAACACCCUGUCUCCAGUGGGCAGCAGCGACCCGCUGUUGUCUUCCGGAUCCCCAGUACCAUCCAACAGUAGCGGCAGCAGCAGUAUGGACGAACAUGACAAUGGCUGUUAGCAAUGCCAACUAAAUUUUAUGAACCAAAGUUAGACAAUUAGAUGUGUGUGUGUGUGUGUGUGUGUGUGUGUGUGUGUGUGUGUGUGUGUGUGUGUGUGUGUGUGUGUGUGUGUGUGUGCGUGUGUGUGUGUGUGUGUUUGCUGUAAGUACCAGUGUUACAUCCAGAUCAUGAAGAGCACAAUUACGUAAAGUAUUAAUCUUGUAUUUCAGAAUAUUUAGUGUGCUUGUGUAUAUAUUUUUUUCAUUUAUCAUGUCAGAGUCUAGUCAAGAAUGAAAACGUGUAAACAAUUAGUUGAUUUUUGAAGGAUUCUCGAGGAUGAUAUAAAGAGUAGC